CUGGUGAGCUGCACGUGGUAUUCUCUUGGUGAGCUGCACGUGGAUCUGUAGUGAACCUGCACGUGGCCGCCUCCUGCUCGUGAGUCCCAGUAGCCUGCACGUGAUCUUCGCUUGGUGACCUGACCUGUGGAGAACCUGUUCGUGAUCCCCUCCUGGUGACCUGUACGUGGCCUUUGUUUGGUGACCUUCGUGUGAGUUCUGGUGACUUGCAUGUGACUCGCAUAGUGACCUGUGCUCAAGUCCUGGUGACCUACAAGUGGCCUUCAAUUGGUAACCUACACGUGCCUCCUGGUGACCUGCACGUGCCUUUUGGUGACCUGCACUUGCCUCCUCUUGGUGACCUGCACGUGCCUCCUCUUGGUGACCUGCACGUGGCCUCCUCUUGGUGACCUGCACGUGCCUCCCUCUUGGUGACCUGCAUGUGCCUCCUAUUGGUGACCUGCACGUGGCCUCCUCUUGACCACCUGCACGUGCCUAUUGGUGACCUACAAAAUGACUGAAACGGAAUUAACCAUUCGCUACUCGCCUCCUCCUCUGGACGACCACGACGAGGACAGCCAGAGUGACAUAUCCGCCUCGGCCACAGAGACCUCUUCCCUGGUGACGGUGCGGGCCGGCUGCUGCAGCUUCAACCCCGUGAGCAAGACGGGCAAGCGAUGGCACCAGCUGCAGAUGGUGACUCUGCCCUUCAUCCCCAUCGCUGCCCUCAUCAUCCAGAACUGCAUCCUGGUAUCCAACGUCGUCACCCACCAGAACGAAAUUAAGAUUCUUGGCAGGCAGGUGGACGGCACGGUGGAGAUGGGCAUGUUGCUGACGGCGUUGCAGGUGGAGAGGGCCGAGGUGGCUUAUUUCAUUUUCUCCAACGGUACCAAGCUCAGUGUCGUGAUGGCCACAGUGACCAGUGGCUGUGUUGCCAAGUGUCACACAGUAGAGAAAGGGUGCGAGACACACUGUGAGCACAGACGUUGGGACUCUGAAAUCGCUCCAAGUUAUCCUAAGUCAGCGUGGUCUCCACGCCUGUGUCCUGAUCAUGAUGUUGCCGCUGGUGGUGGUGGUGGUGGUGGUGGUGAUGGUGGACAAAACUAUCGCAGCUGUAAGCCCCACCUACUCAGGGAAGAUGGGCGGGGCUUAGAGAUCCAGACACAACAUGGUUGCACCAGAACCAACCUGGAUGACACGUUUCGCCGCACUGACACGAUCCUGGAGAAGAUGCAUUCGUGGCCCAAGUUCAAAGGUGGAAACAUGAAGCUGCUCUCCUCCAAGUUACGCUUCCAGAUCAGACUCGAGGACCUCAGGAAAAGUGUGAACGAUCCGGACGACUCAGUGGGGGAGAAGAUGCUUUGGUACAACUACAUCACGUUCUUCGUCAUGGAGGCCAUCGUGUCCAACAUUAAGGAUGCCACCGUCUCAACCAUCUGGAAGCUACUGGUGGCAUACAAGGACAUGAUUCGGGCGGUGGAGUACUUCGGCAUCGGCAUGGUGGAGGGACUGUCCUUCUUCGGCACCGGCAGUCUGUCCCGCGACCGUUUCGUCAACUACGUGGUGCAUGACAUCCUGGCGUGGAAGUCCCUCAACCAGACCAAGGACUUCGUGAGCCUCGUGCGUCGCCAGGUGGAGGGAUUCAGUGAGAAGUACAAGGAAUUCAAGAACAUCACGGAAUGGCGUGACCUCAUCCUGGCAAACGCGGCGCAGGCGAGUGAUCUGAAAGUGGCUGACGAUUACUUCUACGUCAUGGUCCGCUUCACUGACGAGCUCCGGGACAUCCAGUGGAAGCUCCUCGACUUGAUUAGGGAGCACAUGCAGGACGAGACGUGGCUGGCGGACACAAAAGUCACCAUUAGUAUCGUCCUGUUGGUGAUGGUUCUGGCAAUAUCUCCCGGCAUUAUCUUCCUUGUACGACACGCUACCUUCAGCAUUCAGGUGUUCGCAGCCACCCUCACUUCGAAGAGCGCUGAGCUGAAGCGGGAGAAGCGGCGUUGUGACAGACUCAUCUACCAAAUGCUGCCCCGCGCCGUGGCCGUGCAGCUCAAGAAGAAACGAUCGGUUCCAGCGGAGAGUUACAAAUCAGUGACGGUUUACUUUAGUGACAUCGUUGGCUUCACCUCCCUCUGCUCCAAUUCAGAACCCAUGCAGGUCAUCAUGCUGCUCAACAAGCUCUACAACAUGUUCGACUCCCGCAUUGGCAACUACGAUGUUUACAAAGUGGAGACGAUCGGUGAUGCCUACAUGGUCGUGUCCGGCGUGCCCCAUCCCAACGGUCUUCGUCACGCCGCGGAGAUCAGCAACAUGGCUCUGGAUCUGAUCGAGGGCGCUAAAGAGUUCGAGAUCCCUCACCGGCCGGACAAGGAACUGCUCAUCCGUGCUGGCAUUAACUCUGGCUCCUGUGUUGCCGGUGUGGUGGGGACGAAGAUGCCUCGUUACUGCCUCUUCGGGGACACUGUCAAUGUAGCCAGCAGAAUGGAGACCACUGGGGAGGCUAUGAAAGUGCACGUGUCUCAGGCUACGAAGGAGAUCCUGGACCAGCUGGGAGGGUACACCUGUGAAUUCCGAGGCUACCAGGAGGUCAAGGGCAAGGGGUCGCUGCCUACCUUCUGGCUGACGUCUGGGCCGCCGCUGGGAGGUCCGAAGGGCGUCAGAAUACCCGUGGGUGGCCAAUGAGGGACACCAGUGACCCGCCAGGCAACAUUUCGGCAGGGACUCACCCAGCGGCGCACUUCAAGUACUCACCAGCCUCACAAGAAUAUGAGGACAUGAGAAUAGAACAUCCGCCAUUAUUGGAGAGGAAGACAGCCUGAGAUGGAAUGUGCAGUGAAAGACAGGAAGGUUAAAUGAUUGUAACUGAAAGAAAAUGGGCCGUUGGAAAAGUAUCUACUACUACUACUGCUACGGAAACAAACCUCACCAGAUUCUAUUACUUCCGGUCACCCAGCAGCGCCACUCCCCCGUCCACUGUCUGUGAUCUGGUGGUCCGGCGCAGACUAAACGAGCGAGGCUCCAACCACACCUAAGCUAAGGCCCUUAUUCAGAUUCGUCCUCUGCUCUCUCACCACCACUAUUUUUUAAAGGCCACAGAGUUGAUAAGCCAUGUUCUCAAGGGUGUU